CGAACAUAAGGAGUUGCCAUUUUACGGAAGUUCGGCGUACUUGUAAUGUGUGCCGGCUAUCAUACGCGAGUGCCGGCCGAAGCCGAGACGUAAAUGCGGGCUGCAAUUGUCCCCGGAAAGGCAGAAGAUAUUCCCACGGAAUCCAAACACGAGGCAAACACGGAGGGGUUGUCAGUCGGACGUAUGUUGGUGAACGACGACAACGUCGCGCUUUUAUACCCGUACACCCUCUGCAUUCGCCGCCAGACACAUGGCCUCUCCUGAGUCUCCGCAACUACCAGUAUCCCAGAGCUCAAAGGGAAAGGAACUCGAAGGAGAGUCUGCCAGUGCGCAGCCUGCAGAGGGGUUAUCUGCCUUAGAUAAUACCUCUAGAGUUCCCGUUUCUCCUGCUCAGGAUACACAUACCUCAACUGCUGCAUCCGACGUGCCAAAUGGUCAAGCUACCACGUCCGGCACCGUGCCAGAGCCUUCCAAGCCAGAGCAUGUUCCUUCGCCACCGGAACAGUCGACCUCGGCUACUGGAGACGUUGCUCCUCCGCCUACACCCAGUGCACCUUUGACCUCUUCAUCUCCAGCAAAGGAUAAGCCUGACGAACCCGACCGCACAAACGACGCGGAAAAGGACAAGGCGUCUCUGAAUACCACCCUUACUGGCACACAGACUCAUACCCAUACUCAGACGCGACGCAAGGAAGGAAAUACUGUCUCUGAUGGUGCACAUACUGCAUCAUCAUCUCAUGAAGAGAAGAAACGUCCCAAGUCACGGUCGAAAACCAAGAAAAAGGCCAAGAAGCCGUCUGUAUUCUCCCGACUCUUCCACGUCUUCGUGCCUUGUAUCGCUACCUCGGGUCGUUUCCACGAUGCAGACAUAGAGCUUAAUAAAGCAGCACAGCCGACGUCAGAGCCUGCGCCUCUGACCGCCACACAGGAAGAGCCAUCAGCAAAAGCCGCGGAGGAGCCAGCGCCCACAAAGCAGCCUACCGAACCUAAUGGCAAUGAGCACCUUGAGGCGAAACCAGAACCUGCGUUACCAGAAAACGAGAAACUACCUACGCCUCUACAGUCCAUUGAAAUCCCAGAAGCGGGAGAAUCUGACAUUGUUGUGCCUCCAACGCCUACGCGGUCACUACUGCCAAAGGAGGAAACUGAAGGUGUCACGUCAGGUGCGGUCGUACCGCCUGGUUCGACAGGUACUCCUGAGGAGACGCAUCAUGAACCUCCUACUCAUACCCAGGAUUCCGAAAACGAGUCUGACGGCUCCACGAGCUUCACGGAGGACGAGGACCUUGAUGAGUCGUCACCGAUGGAUGAGAUCGAGGACGACGAGGAACGUUUAAUUAUGCAGGGAGGUGCAGGGAUUCCUGUAGGCCCCGAUGGCAUGCCGAAGCCGCUUUUACCUCCUGUUUCACCAAAACAUGUCGGUAGAAAAUGUUUAGUGUUAGAUCUUGACGAGACUUUGGUGCAUAGUAGUUUCAAGUCAAUACAACAAGCUGACUACGUCGUUCCGGUCGAGAUCGAAUAUCACUGGCAUAACGUCUAUGUGAUCAAGCGACCAGGUGUGGAUAGCUUUCUGAAGAAAAUGGGUGAGAUCUACGAGGUUGUCGUGUUCACGGCAAGUCUCAGCAAGUAUGCCGACCCUGUCUUGGACAAGCUUGACAUUCAUCGCGUCGUGUCACAUCGGCUGUUCCGAGAAAGCUGUUAUAACCAUAGGGGCAACUACGUGAAGGUGAGUUUCAAUGCUCUGACCGAUCGGGCGCUUGCUCAUAUUGAUCGAAAUUGCAGGAUCUUUCGCAGCUUGGACGACCUAUACAGGACACGAUCAUCAUUGACAAUUCCCCAGCUUCUUAUAUCUUCCAUCCUAAUAAUGCCGUACCUGUGUCGUCUUGGUUCACUGACCCGCACGACCAGGAGCUGAGCGACCUUUGUCCCUUCCUUACGGACCUAGCGACUGUCGAAGAUGUCCGAGGUGUUCUUGACGGAGGCCUGUAAAAGUACAUCUGGCAUUUUGACCAUUCGGGCUUCGCCCUCCGUACCCCGAAUAUCCUGUGGCUUGCUUGUCUAGCAUCUGUCCAUACCAUUGUACCUUGCAAGCUCUCUUCCUCUCACUUUCCGCUGACUCAAGUGUCACUGCUCGCAUACACUGUCUGCGAAAUCUGCUCGGCUAGCUUCUUUCGCUUGCCUGGUGCAGCGUUCAUCUUCCUUUGCAUGAGUCUGGGCUUCCCAUCUCCCUUCUCCGCAUAUAAUCAGCUUUCGUCCUAUACCCACCUCGCAAUAUCCAUCUCCGUUAGUCACACGCAUACAUCCGAAUAUAUUCAUCCAAUCCUCCAAUAGUGCUAUUUGCUUUCCCUCGGACUUGCUUUCCUAAAUAUUGCAUCGCUGUUUACCGUGCUUGAACCCUUCGCAUGCUACACACGCAGGCAUGCUGGGUUGAGUGUCGCCUCACGUUCGUUAUUAUUCCCUGUUCGUCGCUCUCGCAUUUCAUUAUCCAUUCGGUUUACCCAUGCACGGGCGGAUGAUCGUUUAUGGUCCAGGAACCUACCCCGGCUGCUUUAUUCGAUUUAUUCUCGCUUCUUUAUCCUGCUCUUCUUAUUCUCACCUGCGUCCUCUUCUAUUCAUCUUCUUUUUGACGCGGGUUCUAAUCGACAUUCCGACCUAUUUUUCCUUGUUUCCACUAGUCAACACGUCGUUCUUCACUUUGUAUUAUUAUUCUCAGGCUUUCUCUUCCAAUAUCUGCUCUUUUUUGGUCAAUUAUUUUCUCUUUGUUAUGAUCACGGUUAAGUAUGACUAUAUACAUGUAUUUCGACGACACCCAACUUCCCCUCCUCCUUUCACGCCACUUCUCCAUUAGGACCCUAUGAUGAUUCAACUCAUGACUAGUAGUACAUACCGAAAAGUAUAACCCCGGUCUUCUUUCAAUAAACAUUUCAUGUUUCUUCUUCACCUUCGAGCUGCAUAUAUGCGGUAUACUUAUACUAACCUUGACUAGUCAGGCCG